AUGUCAACAACAAAAGUGGAAUGCAUUAAAAAUAGUCAAGUUCCUCUGCGAUUCAUCCAACCGUUGGCACCAACAGUGACACCGAACAUCGGUGAGGACGUGGUGCUGAUUGCCGCUGUGGAAUCUGUUCCACAAGCGGAGAUCAACUGGGUGAUCAGCAAUCCCGAGACGGCACGACGUUGUGAAAUAGUGCCGAUGUUAGACCAGGCUUAUCCCACUAGGUCGAUUUCACAACUCACCAUUCAUGAUUUCAAUGCGAUAACGGAUAGUGGGGUGACUGUGAAGGCGGUGGCGAGAACUGCGGAUCAGGAGCUCGUGACGACGUGUGAACUUCGGGCUCCAGAGGAGAGAGAGAUAACGGAGAGGGAGAAACCGGAGAGGUUUAUUGCAGAGUUCAUGCAUAGCUUGAGGCCCCAUCUGGAGGUGCAGGAGACACACAAGGUUGUUCUGGAGUGUGGUGUACAGGCACCAGAAGGUCCAGUGACUUUCAAGUGGUACUGGAGCGGAAUAGAGGUUUCCCCUGAUACAUUUAAAGAGAUCACGAUUGAGAGGAGUGCAAGCUACUCAGUCCUCACCAUUGAGCGUGUUGAGAGGAAGCAUGAAGGACUAGUAACGGUAGAGGUGAUAUAUCCACAGGGCGAAAAGUUGGUGAGCACUUGCGAUCUACACGUGGUGCCCCAGAAACCACUGACUGAGGUGCCACUUCAACCUGAUGAACAGACGCCAGCAAGUGUGCCACUUCGUCUUGUUCAGCCGCUUCAACCGAGGGAUGAACCUACUGCAGGAGAAGACGUGGUGUUGACAGCAUCGGUGGAAGCGGUGCCACAGGCAGAAAUCACGUGGACAAUAAGUAGUUCGGAGACUGCUAAGCGCAGUGAGGUAGUGCCUUUGGUAGAUGAAGCACAUCCAACUUACACGACAUCGCAGUUGACAGUGCAUGAUUUUACUCCGCAAGUCGAUGAAAGCGUGGUUGUACAGGCGAUUGCGAAGACACCGACGGAGGAGCUGGUCACAAGCUAUGCGCUGCACGAGAGGAGACCAACUAUCAGUGAAGUUGUGCUAGAAACUGGACCAAUGCAUGUGACACCGGCUGAUAGGCCGGAGGAGGUGGUUAGUCAAGUUCCCCUGCGAUUCAUCCAACCGUUGGCACCAACAGUGACACCGAACAUCGGUGAAGACGUGGUGCUGAUUGCCGCUGUGGAAUCUGUUCCACAAGCGGAGAUCAACUGGGUGAUCAGCAAUCCCGAGACGGCACGACGUUGUGAUAUUGUUUCUCUAUUCGAUGAAUCCAAACCGUUUAUUUCAAUCUCACAGUUGACUUUGCGGAAUUUUUGCGCCACUGAUGCCGAUGUUUUCGUUGAAGCUAUCGCUGUGAAUGAUACUGAUCGUUUAGUUAGCUCAUCUGAGAUUCGCGCUAAUGACCUAAAGUAUUCCUUACCUAUUUCUCUACAUUCGCCACAGCCGGCAUUUCUUCCUGUUGUGGAGCAUAUUUUAGCGUAA